GUGCAACGCGCAUGUGUCCAUACCCACGUCUCAGCCACGGUCGUAUUCGGAUGCGGCAGAAAAGUAAACUGGUGAAGUUCAUCUGCUUCCCAGGGUACACACUUGUAGGGAACAAAUAUGCUACUUGUAGAGAUGGAGAAUGGGACGUGCCUAUGCCAGUUUGUAUCAAACCAGGAUGCACUCUUCCUGAUUUAGGAUACAACGUGCUGGCAAUGCAAUCUCAUUCAGAGGCUUGGGUAGUGUUCUUCUGUUUCCCUGGUUACGAACUUAGUGGAUCUUCGACCAUAUUCUGUGAUGGGAAGAAAUGGAAUGAUACGGUUCCUACUUGUGGUGAUGCAAAGACCGUUACGAAACUGAGCUGCGAUUUUGAAGAAUCGAAUAACUGCGGAUGGGUGGACGAUGAGCUACACGACUUCGACUGGAAGAGAUUGAACAAGAAGACACCAAGCUCUUUCCUUAACACUGGACCUUCCUUUGAUCAUACUUAUGGAGAAGGUGGUUCAGGGCACUACAUGUACAUAGAGAGCACAUCAAGAUUGGAAAAUGACACAGCUCGACUGAUAUCACCACUGUACGAGUCGUCGCUUGCGAAAGAUGGCUGCUUCUCUUUCUUCUAUCACAUGUUUGGACAAGGUACUGGAGGUCUCCGCGUUUACCAGAAACCAGAAAGCUUGCCAAUGCUGAAUGUGCUCCACCUUAACAUUGAAGAGAGACAGAAGUACCUCCUGUUUGAGAAAUGGGGCAAUCAAGGUGACUUCUGGUACGAAGCUGUGACCCCGCUUCGUGGGUUUUCUGAGAGCUUUCAGAUAAUAAUCGAAGGCAUCAGGGGCCGCAGUUACACAAGUGAUAUAGCCAUCGACGAUGUGUCCAUCCUGCAAGGCGAAAAUUGCACCGCCGCUAUGAAAUCUGCUACCACACCAGUGAAUGUAUUGACCGACUCCUGCACCGGUCGUUGCGAAAGCGAGCAUACAAAAGUUUUAAUUGGUUGUGGAUGCAAUCCCUCCUGCGAAACAGACAGUAAUUGCUGCCCAGACUAUUAUGAAAUCUGCGUGUUUAGUUCACCAUCAACAGACGACGAUAUGCCAGAAACUCAAAAAUUGGUUCUAUGGACAACCACAACGACAAACAAACCUACAACAACCCCAGAAACCACACCUACCACAACAACCACGCAAGAACCUACCACAACUACAUUAAAAACCACUUCAACCACACCUAAAACGACUACUAAACCCACGUCUACAACAACGAAAAGAUCUACCACAAUAAGAACUACUACUAAAAUACCAACAUUGAUUUUUAAAACUACACCGAAAAUUAUUAACGGAAGUGGUAUCAUCAUAAAAAGUAGCACCAAAAUUGUGAAACCAGUGACAACCACAUCAACCAAAAGAACUACUAAAGUAGUAACAACGGUAAAGCCUCAAGUCACAAUGGUUACUAAGAGAGUGAUGAAGAAAGAAAAUGUAGAGCUGGGUAAAGAUAUGUUGGUGAAUUCAGAAGAACCAAAGAGUCAUUCCAGCAGUCUAAAGUCAACAAUACUAACCAUAGCAGGUCUAGUCUGCCUGGCUGGUAUGGUGUGGUUGGUAGUACUGGCAAGAGGCGCGCGGGGACGGGAAAUACUAUCGCGGUUACGCGGGCAUGCGGUCUCCGACUCGGAAGUUCGUUAUUUAAAUUCUGAUGUUGAUGAUGAUUAA